GCGGGGCCCCCGGAGGCGCCAGCGGAGACCGACCGCGACGGCCCCAGGAAGGAGGACGAGCCGAAGCUGGCGGCCGGCCGGCAGGUAGGAGCAAGCGAGGCGAGUCCGGCUGCUCGGGCGCUUUCACCUUCGCAGAGCGGGAUCGGGAGGGCUUGGGGUGAACCAUCCUCCCCGGGCUGCGGCCGGAGCCUUCCCCACAAGGCUGGGCUGAGGCUUUCUCCCUCGAGGCAGGAGUGGAGGCUGGAUCUCUCUCUCUAGAGCCGAGGCUCGGCCCGUCCUGUCCUCCUGAGACCCGGCUGCCUGCCGUCUUCUCCCGCCGCCUCCGGGCUGGAGCAGAAGCCAAACGUCCUGGUCGAGCACCCACCCCGGGGCCGGACUCUGAUCCUGAGGCCACAGCUCAGCUCUCUGCCCUUUCCCUUCCCCUGGGCCCACCUGCUCCCCACCUCACCCACAGGCCAUCUCGGGGCGCUGGAGCCUGAAAGGCUACAGCCUCUUCCCUCCCCCGCGCCGGGAGCGGCUCCACCCCUUCCCCUCACUGCCGGCGGCCACUGCCCCCUCAGCAGCUGUGCCCCCAGCGUGUGUCUCCUGGGGCCUCCCUGCUCUCCCUGCCCAGCAGAGCAGUUGGAGCAGACAGGCAGGCUACCUAGAAGACUGUUUGGUGGGGCCCUGCCCUGAGGUGGAAACCCAGCAAAGCCUGCCCUUUCUCCCCUCUAUAACCCUGAUCCACAAGGCGGCCCACCCCAUCCUCAGAUCCUUGGGUGUGGCAAAUCCUGCAGGUAGUGAGCAGUAGGAGAAUUUCCAAAACUUUCAACUUGCCACCUGGAAGAAAGUCACUUUCUUUUGAGCAAAGGAGAUAAUGAGAGGUACCCUGCCAGUGUCCACUGAGAGGCCGGGGUGGCAUGAGCCACAGUUGCUCUGGGUGGGUUGUGGUACCUGGGGCUGGGUGGCUCGCCCUAAGCUUGCUCUGACAAAAGAGUUUUGAGUUGGUCUUUUGGCUGAGCCUGCCAAGAAAGGCAGGCUCCUGCAGGAGUCUUGGAGGGUCGGAUGCAGCGCCGGAUGAGGAUGAGGCGUGGCAGAAGAUGCGUUUGGCUCUGCAGACACUGCAUCGGGCAGCAGGGGACUCUGGGAGGCUGGUGCAGCCAGAAGGCAUGGCUCUUGACAGCCUUCUAGUAGAAUCUCUGGAAUUAUGCAUGUUCCCCCCACCUCCAGCCAGUCUGUGCAGACCUGCUGCCUGCUGUGUCAUCGAGAACGCAAAGGCUGGGAAGAAGGCCCUUCCCAAAACGGACUGGUGUUGCAGGCUCUCAAGACUCCCCAAAGGCCCACAGUUGACAGGCAGCCUCUGCCCCGACCAGAGUGUCUCUCCCCAGUAUCCACACACGUCACUUCAGUGGGAUCACCACAGCCCCUCCCGGCAAAGACCUGGCCCACAUUUGCCCUUGCACCUGGAGCAGUGGGAAUUGUGCUUUGGCCACCGCGUGGGGGCUUGGAGGAAGAGGCACUCCUGGAUCUCCUUGUCACACACAUCCUGCAAAUCACAGUCUUGUGGGGGUGACUCUCAUUCUUCUUCGUCUUCCUCUUCAUCGUCCUCGUCCUUGUCCUCCUCCUGCCAUGGGAACUCAGGGGACUGGGAUCCCAGCUCAUUCCUGUCAGCACAUAAGCUCUCAGGCCUCUGGAACUCCCCGCACUCCAGUGGGGCCGUGCCAGGCAGCUCGCUCGGGAGUCCUCCUACCAUCCCCGGUGAGGUUUUUUCCAUCUCGGAGCACCACCGGCAUUCAGACCUCACUGCUCCACCUAAUAGCCCCACCGGCCACCAUCCACAGCCAACGUCACUGAUCCCAUCUCACCCCAGAUCCUUUGGCUCACCACCCCACCCACACCUGCUGCCCACCUCCCCAGCAGCACCUUUCCCUGCCCAGGCUUCAGUAUGCCCUGUUGCUGCUGCUGCUGCCCCUACCACUCUAGGGGCCUGUCAGAGCCCCCACCUGUCCUCUACCAGCAUGCCGCUCCUGAAGAUGCCUCCACCAUUCUCGGGGUGCAACCACCCCUGUAGUGGGCACUGCAGUGGGCACUGUGGCGGUCCUCUCCUCCCACCACCGAACUCUCAGCAGCUACCUAGCACUCACAGCAGGGACCCCGGGUGCAAGGGGCACAAGUUUACACACAGUGGCCUGGCCUGCCAGCUACCCCAGCCCUGCGAGGCGGAUGAGGGGCUAGGCGAGGAAGAGGACAGCAGCUCAGAGCGUAGCUCCUGCACAUCGUCCUCCAUCCACCAGAGAGAUGGGAAGUUCUGUGACUGUUGCUACUGUGAGUUCUUCGGCCACAAUGCGCCACCCGCCGCCCCGACGAGUCGGAAUUAUACCGAGAUCCGAGAGAAGCUCCGCUCGAGGCUGACCAGGCGGAAAGAGGAGCUGCCCAUGAAGGGGGGCGCCCUGGGCGGGAUCCCUGGGGAGCCUGCCGUGGACCACCGAGAUGUGGAUGAGCUGCUGGAAUUCAUCAACAGCACGGAGCCCAAAGUCCCCAACAGCGCCAGGGCUGCCAAGCGGGCCCGGCACAAGCUGAAAAAGAAGGAAAAGGAGAAGGCCCAGUUGGCAGCAGAAGCUCUAAAGCAGGUGAAUCGUAGUGUUUCUGGAAGCCAGGAGCCAAGACCUACUAGGGAGAGGCUCUUGGAGUGGCCCGACCAGGAGCUGGAUCGGGUCAACAGCUUCCUGAGCAGCCGUCUGCAAGAGAUCAAGAACACUGUCAAGGACUCCAUCCGCGCCAGCUUCAGUGUAUGUGAGCUCAGCGUGGACAGCAAUGGCUUCUCUAAGGAGGGGGCUGCCCAGCUAGAUGCCCAGAAUCUACUCUCCUCAAACCUCAGUGGCUCCUCAGAGCAACAGCCUGACAUCAACCUUGACCUGUCCCCUUUGACUUUGGGCUCCCCUCAGAACCACAUGUUACAAGCUUCAGGCGAGCCAGCCCCACCAUGGGCAGAAAUGAGAGUCCCUCACCCACCGUGGACCGAGGUGAGGGGCCCCCCACCCGGAAUCAUCCCUGAGAAUGGGCUAGUGAGAAGACUCAACACCGUGCCCAACCUGUCCCGGGUGAUCUGGGUCAAGACACCCAAGCCAGGCAACCCUAGUUCUGAGGAGCCAAGCCCAAAGGAGGUCUCCCCUUUCAAGCAGGAGCCUCCUGAGACUGUGGCCUCAGGUGGAAAGCUGCGGAAGAGCAAAAGACAGGGCAGUCAGGCCAAGAAGAGUGAGGCGAGCCCAGCCCUCCAGUCCCCGGCCAGCCUUGAGGCUCCUAGUGCCAAGGGCCAGACCCCCAGCCCCAAACAGCCAGGCAAGGCCCUAGAGCCUCCCAAAGUGGGCAGCUGUGCCGAGGCUGGAGAGGGGAGCCAGGGGAGCCGGCCAGGACCAGGCUGGGCUGGCAGCCCCAAAGCUGACAAGGAGAAGGGCAGCUCCUGGCGAAAUUGGCCAAGUGAGGCCAAGGCACGGCCUCUGGAACAGGAGUCUGUGCAGCCCCCAGGCCCCGCAAGGCCACAGAGCUUGCCGCAGGGCAAGGGCCGCAGCCGCCGCAGCCGCAACAAGCAAGAGAAGUCAGCCUCCUCCUUGGACGAUGUGUUCCUGCCCAAGGACACGGAUGGGCUGGAGAUGGAUGAGACUGACCGGGAGGUGGAGUACUUCAAGAGGUUCUGUUUGGAUUCUGCAAAGCAAACUCGUCAGAAAGUUGCUGUAAACUGGACCAACUUCAGCCUCAAGAAAACCACUCCCAGCACAGCUCAGUGAGCCCCUGCCGGGUGGAGCUGCUUCAGGGUGACCUGAGACCCCAACUGCCAACUGAAGGUCUACAGUUUCUUUCUCCAUAUCCCUACCCACCCGCAAGACCUUCCCUGCUCCCUGCCAUCUGGGACCAACCAAAAGCUGAAUGGAUGCCGUGCCGUACUGGGGUCUCUCAGGACCCCGUGCAGAG